AUGAAGACUUCCACAUCCGUGGCUCUCCUCAGCCUCUUCAACGCCAUCGCGGCCUAUCCGACCCUCAAGAGCAUCUUUGUUCGCGAUUGCCAGCCUGGCCACCUGGUCUGCCAGGGCAAUGGCCAGUUUGGCAUUUGCAACAUUGACAGCACCGCCAUCUUCAUGAACGUCGCCGAGGGCACCAAGUGCGUCUGCUCUGGAAGCGACUGCACUAUCGCUGCCCUCGAGGCUGGUGAUGCGCCCGCUCAGUCCUCUCAGGAUACUCCUGCUCCUGCGCCCUCCUCGCAGUCUCCUGCCCCUUCACCUUCCUCGCAGGCUGCUGCUCCCCCGCCUCCCUCUCAGCCAGCGCCCGAAUCGACCCAGUCCGCCUCCACGGCCUCGUCGCAGCCCACGUCCCAGCAGCCUGCUCCUCAGCCCACCGCGCCGUCCACCUCCGCCGCCACUGCUCCUGCUCCUACCGCUUCUUCCUCUGCUGGUGGUGUCUUCAAGGAGAUUCCCACUGCCACCCUUCCCGUCCCGGAGACCUCAUCCGCUGCGUCGCCCAGCCAGUCCUCGGCGCCCUCGUCUGGCUCCAGCCCUGGCGGCAUCAACAUCGGCGGCGGCAAGGCGUAUCUCAAGACGUUCACCGGCGACGGCGCCGCCUCUGCCGGCUGGCCCUCGCAGAGCCAGUGGGGAAGCUUUGACAGCAUGUGGGAGGCCAACGUGAACAACGUCAUGUCCAAGUCGUGCACCGGCUUCGGCCAGGCCAACAACUCGCCGUCUGAGAGCGCCGACAUCAAGUCGGCCAUCGAAAACGUGGCCCAGUCCUCGGGCGUCGACGCGCGCUUCAUCCUCGCCAUUGUCAUGCAGGAGUCCAACGGCUGCGUCCGCGCCCCGACGACAAACUACGGCGUCAUCAACCCGGGCCUCAUGCAGUCCCACGACGGCUCCAGCUCCUGCUUCAACGUCAAUCCCUGCCCCAAGAGCACCAUCCAGGGCAUGAUCGAGGACGGCGUCAACGGCACGCCCUCGGGCGACGGCCUGAAGCAGCUCCUCGCCAAGGCCGGCGGCAACAACGCCGCCGCCUUUUACAAGGCCGCGCGCAUGUACAACUCGGGCUCCGUCGACCCCAGCGGCGAUCUUGGAAAGGGCAUCGCCACGCACUGCUACGUCAGCGACAUUGCGAACCGUCUUCUUGGCUGGUCCGAGGGCGUCGGUGGCUGCCACAUGUAA